AUGAUUCAAAAUAAGGGGAGAUAUUCACCGAUAUUUAGAUCAUAUGAAGAAGAAUUAGAGCACAGGUUGGAACAUAAUCCUAGUCCUACGGAAUCGGAGCUUUUGCAAGAUUUGGAACAUGAUUUUGACGAUGAUGAUGAAUUGAUCGACAAGUACAAUAAAGAAAGGAUUUGCUUUUUAGAAAGGAGUGCUAGUUUUAAUUCGGAUAGAAACGGACAACAGGGAGCUUUCGUAAGGUAUCCGAACAAACCUAAACGGAGUAGUAGUUUUUGUGCGGGUACUAAUAGGAGCAUCGGUGAAAAAAAUUUAUCUCGUUUUAAAAAGGGUGAUUUUAAUAAUUUCGUUAAUGAAAAAAAAUUGAACGGCGAAGAAUGUGUUAAAAAAUCUAAAAAGUUGAUGAGAUGCAGGAGUUUCGAGGGUCAAAUCGAUACGACGAGUGAAAGUGAGGAUUAUUUGGAUGUAAAAGCGAGGAAAAAAUUUAGCGAUUUCAAAAAGAGAGAAAAGCGUAAAGUUAAAAGUAAAGACAAAAAAGUACCGGAAAAGGUGAAAUUAAAUUCCGGAGAAAAGGCAAAGGAAACUCCGUCUCCCCGUAAAACGUUUAAUUCGGUACAGACGAAGGAAAGCAAAGACAGCGAACCGAUCAAAAAUUUCGAGAAAAAAUUAAAGGUUCAAACGAUUCCGAAACCGAGUACGAGAACAAAACUUUCAUCACCGACGACACGUAAAAUAAUUCCUGUAAAAUCUGAAGAACCUCUUCCAAGCGUUCAAACGACGUCGUUGUACGUCGUGCCGAAUAUAAGUGAACACAACAGAAAAGAAACGGAAACGAAACUCGAUCGUUUUAAAACUACCAUCACGCUUCCGGUUUUGGAAAGCGAAGAAGAAAAAACUGAAAGUUUAUCGGAAGGAAAACAACUUGUUGAAAAUAAUAAUAAUAAUAAUAAUAAAGAAAGUGAUGUUAAACAAACGAUCAACGACAAAGAAGUGUUGAACGAUAAUAAAGUGGAGACUUCGAAUGAAAGCGUUAAAAAAGAAUUGAAAGAAAAAGAAGAAGAAGAAAAGGAAGAAGAAAAUAAAUUAAACGGUGAAAAAGUUUACGAGAAUAAAGUGAACGUUUUUCAUAGGAAAAAUAACAACACGCAAAACGCGAAAAAGGGUGCACUUCAAAAACUAUACGAAGAAGGUUUGAAGAAAAUUCAAGAAAGGCACAGUUCGGAGUCUGGAACGGAGGAUAAAGUUUGUAACGAUUUAGAACCAGACAAUCCUUUCAAGAACGAUCAAGACGUGCUAGCAUUAACAAAUUACGUCGUAAAAAGACCGCAAACGUUAAAAAUUAAAGUUGGAUUCGAAUCUCCAGCCAUCGGACAAGAUUUAGACACUCCUCCUAAUUUGGCUAAUACUUCUGAGAAAACGCUACCCUACUAUCUCAAAAGUCAAGAAUCGAAAGUUUUGCGUCCGAGCAAGGGGUUGGAAAGGGAAAAUCCAUUUUUGUCAGAGUUUCAAAAAACAUGUUCGAUCGGUCGGUGUGAAAAUAACAUCGAAUACGAAAAAUACGUGGAAUUUGGGAAAAAUUUAGUUAAGCCGUCGACGAUAGAUAAAAACACGGAGAAAAUAUUGCAAGAAGCGGAAGUCGAAAGGAGAAUAAUCGAGGGACAGUUGGAAAAACUCGAUAGCAAUCAAGAAGAUUUGGAAAAACCUCCGACGAAAAAAUCUUUAAAAAAAUUAGAUUUAUCGAGAAAAGUUAAAAUUCCCAAACCUGAUUAUUCGAACGAGAUUAGAGAAGAAGUUGAGCCCAUAACUCCAGAUACGGAUCAAAGCGAAAUAGAAGAGAUUUUGGAAACUUUUUCAAAGGAAUUGAAGAACGCUGAUGUCAAUGAAAUACUAAGUGGAGACGAGUCUCGUCAAAAACGUUCGACGCCUUCUCUGAGGGAAACAGCUUUCUUAUCUAGUCCUCCGGUGAAAUGUGAUCAAAUGUCACAAAAUAAAAAAGAAUUUUUGUCAUUGAAACCAUCCUCUUUGCCCGCUCCGGUGGCCAAAACUCGCGAUCAAGUAAUUAGAACGUCUAUGUUACGUAAAGAAGCUCGUCCGAAUUCGCUUCCGUUGAGAAGUAGCAACGGUUUACCCAAUACUUCGUUGACUUUGGAGAAUUACGUGGAAAGAAGAAAAAUGAAUUAUCCACCUUCUGGAAGAGUUUCCGCACCUCUGUUUAAAGAAUAUCAAAGUCCGAGUUACAUGAGCGGAAGGAGUUCUGUACCCGUUGAUCACGAAAGAAAUUUAAUUUUCGAAGGUAGAGGUAGAUCACUUUCGAGAAAUCGAACGAGAUCCGAUAUUGAAAAUAUUUACAAUGGUAAUUUUCAAAGGAAUCAAAUAAGAACUCGAAGUUUGACGAGGGAAGCUUACAAGGGAGCUUGUUAUCCAGAACCGAAAAACGUAGUCGUUCAAAGGCAAAUAAAUGAGUCUAACAUUCCGAAACCUGUCAAUCGUCGAAUUCUUCCCCCUGGAUCGAUACAAAUGCAGCAGCGAAAUUGUCAGUCUCCUUCUUUGAAAAAUCAAGACGUCAUCGAUUCGAGCAAAUAUUCUGCGAGCGAAAUCGAAGCCGUGUUUUGGGAACGAUUACGACAGAAAAAAAUCAAAGAAUCUCUGAGGGAACAAGAGCUCUUGCAGAAAACGGACAACAACAAUACCGGGAAUUUCGUUCGUAACUCAUCGGAACGAAAUACAAUCGGUCCUAUAUAUCAAAGAGAUCAAAAUGUGAAAGACCGAAGAGAACAAAAUGGAGGAAUGAUUAUUCAAAAUCAAUUGAAGGGUAGUCAAGAUUCCGUUAAGAAAUCAUCGGAAAACUUUACCGAUUCACAAAAUGAUUUAGGAGGAGGAGGAGGGAAAAGAAAAAAAGACGGAGAAAAAGGAUUCAGCAUAUCUAAAAUUCCAUUUUUUAGAAGGAGAAGCAAAUCGGGAUUGAAAGAAGAUUCGUACAAGAGAGCAAGCGAAGAUUAUGAGGACUAUCAGGGUAACCACGUGUCCAAUUCUUCUUUGAGUGAUCAAGAUGCUUUUAAUUCGAUUAAAAAAUCCAGUUACGAUCAAACGGAUAACGCCAAUUGGAACACGCAAAAAGAUGGACAAGGCAGAAUGGUGAGACCCCUAGAAAAGCAACAAAGUUUUGAUUUUUCCGACGUGUCGUCAUCGAACAGUCCUAGACAUGCGACGGCCACGAGACCUUUGCCACCCCUUCCGAAAGAUUUCGAUGGUGGUUACGGUAUCAUACUUCGAAAUAAAGAAAAUUCGAACGUUUUGCUUAACGGAAAACCACCAUCGGACUACGGUCGAGUCGUUGGUGUUGUCGACGUUCACAGAGCGUCUCCGUACCUCGAUUAUCAAAACAAACCCAUGUCGCCGUCGAGAAACAUGGGAAUAAUUCACGAAAACGAACUUUACGGCAAUGCGAAACCACCCAGAGGAUCCGACACGAAUUUUUUUACUACUACGAAAUACGUUUUGAAGUCUCAAACACUUUCCGACACGGAAAGUGGUAGCGAGGCUGGAGAAAUUCAAAAAAUCCUUCACGGAGUCGACAUAAGACCAUAUUCCGGUGAAAUAGAGGGCAUGUCUCUAUUGAUUUUAUGCUCGAAAAUGUUGCUUGUUGGGUAUCGUUCACCCUACGCUUAG